AUGAACAAAGACCAAUUCCACGUCAUUAUUGUUGGCGGCUCGAUUGCUGGCCUCACUUUAGCUCAUUGUCUACAUCGGGCGGGAAUUAGUCACGUUGUGCUCGAGAAGGCCAGCGAACCAGCACCCCAAAUCGGGGCCUCAAUUGGUAUUUUGCCAAAUGGUGCUCGAGUGCUCGAUCAACUGCAAUUAUAUGAAACCAUCGAAAAAUAUAUCGAACCGCUAGAAACGGCAACCAUCGGCUACCCGGAUGGAUUCAGCUUCAGUAGUUCCUAUCCUAAACUCGUGAAUGAAAGGUUUGGAUUCCCCAUAGCCUUUCUCGACCGACAGAAGCUACUUGAAAUCCUCUACCAGCACUAUCCAGACAAGAGUAGAAUUCGGCUGGCCGCAAGGGUCAUCAGCAUUGAGAGCUCCGCCAUCGAUAGCACUGUAACCACGGAAGAUGGGACGAUCUACAAGGGCCAUCUUAUCGUCGGUGCCGAUGGCGUCCAUAGCAGAGUUCGCUCAGAGAUGUGGAAGUCUGCACAGAGAAUUAAACCUGAUUUGAUCACAAAGAGAGAACAGAGAAGCAUGACGGUAGAAUACAGCUGUAUUUUUGGCAUCUCUACUCCCAUCAAAGGAUUGAAUGUGGGAGAACAGGUGAAUGCCUUCUUUGAUCAUUUUACAAUCGUGACGAUCCAUGGUAAACAGGGUCGAGUCUAUUGGUUCCUAAUCCAGAAGCUCGACCGGAAAUAUAUCUAUCCCCAAUGCCCGCGCUUUACGGCCAAAGAAAUCGGCCCCAUCGUCAAUCGUCUGAGAGAGCAGAAAUUCUUCAAAGAUAUCACAUUCGGGCAGCUCUGGGAUAGCCGGGAGACAGCCUCUAUGACGGCGUUGGAAGAAAAUGUCUUUGACACCUGGUACCAUGGUCGAAUGGUUUUGAUGGGCGAUAGUGCCCACAAGAUGACACCAAAUAUCGGACAAGGGGCCAAUAUGGCCAUUGAAGACGCAGCGGUCUUGAGUAGCCUGUUGAGUGAUUUGCUGCAGAAAAGGCAGACACAGCCUCCGACCAAUACACAGAUUGAAAGACUCCUGGCCCAGUAUCGUGAGGUGCGGCAUCCUCGAGUCAAUUCGAUCUAUAAAACUUCGCGAUUUUUGGUUCGAUUCCAGGCUCGAGACGGGGUCUUCAACACCCUCUUUGGACGUUACUAUGCACCUCAUGCAGGGGAUCUCCCGGCUGAUAUGGCCUCCAAGACCAUCGCUGGCGGUGAAUUGUGUGCCUAUCUUCCCUCUCCCAACCGUUGUUGCCACGGAUGGGAUGACUAUAAAAAUAGCGGGCUUGGCAGGAUGGGGACUGUUUGGUGUAUCCUGGCGCUUCUCCUAUCGGCUUUGACGUGGAGUUGCGUGGGAAACAUGAAUAUAGUCAUGGAGCUGUCAAAUAGAGUUCCUAUUGAGAGAUAG